GGGCGGGAGAGCGAGCGAGCGAGCGAGCGGAGCUGGCCAUGGCCGAUUGGGGAGGAACUCGGAUGCAGAUGGAGGAGGCCGAGGCGAACACCACCGUCUUCUCCAUCCUGAAGUCGUACAACAACUUCAUGUCCCUCUCUAUGGAGGAAUCGUCUGUCCAAGAUGCCCCACCGUCUCCUCCGGGCUCACUCCAGACAAACUACCAGCAAAUGAUGAAGCUGGAAGAGCAGGCCGGGCAAAUCCAUUCGGGCACGCGGCUUUUGCAGAUGGAACGGGAGAAAAUGCAGAUGGAAUUAAGUCACAAAAGGGCUCGGAUUGAGCUCGAGAAGGCAGCUAACCUGAACGCCAACAAAUUUGAGCGGGAAGCUGAUCGUAAUCAGGAUCUCCUUAAGCGCAUCAAGCAGUGCCAGGAAAGGGAAACCGAGGCGAAAAAUGCCCUUCAGGAACAACUCAAGACCAACAAGACCUGCCAGAAGGACAUGGAGGCCCUGAACAAGAAGCUGCAGGAGAAGGAGACCAAACUGACUGAGGCGAACGAAACCAUCAGCGCCUUGAAGGGGAAAGUAUCGGAGUCACAGUGGAACACGAUGAAUCAGGAGAUGGAGAUGAAGAAGCUGCAAUCCCAAAACCAGGAGUUGACCGAACAGCUGGAUGUGCUUCACAAAAAAUGGCAAGAAGCCACUCACCAAAUCCAAGCCCUUCAGGCAAAAGAAGAGCUCAUGUCUAAGAAGGAGCAGAAGAUUCAGGAUCUCGAGCAAAAGCUCUCCAUGCAAGAACAAGAUGCAGUCAUCGUGAAGAACAUGAAGACGGAGCUGGCUCAGUUUCCCCAAAUGGAACGGGAAUUGCAGCAACUCAGGAGGAGAACGCCUACCUUAGGGAAAUGCGAGAAAACAAUGGCUUGCUGAAAGAGGAAGUCGAGAGUCUUCAAAGGAAGCUCGAGAGAUUCGAAAAGGUCCAGACAGAACGGGUGGCUUUGGAACUGGAGAAGGAGAAAGUUCAGGAGAAACUCACCAUGUGGGAAAAACUGGACCAGAGCAUGGCUUCGAGAUCAG